AGUCUGCCGUUCUCUUCCAAAUCAUGGAUUUAUCAAAUUCUACAUAAUUUCUUAACUCCAACAAAACAAGAGGGAAUCUCUUCACUUGUAGUAUCAAAUGAGCUUCUUUGGAAUUCCAAAUAACAGGUUUUCGCUUGUGAAACAGCUCCAAUUAUUUUGCUUUGUGUUGUGCUAUGUCUCGACAUGAAGGUGUUAGCUGCGACUCGUGUAGUAAAGGAAAUUUUAGAGGAAAACGAUUUAAAUGCUUAAUAUGUUAUGAUUACGACCUGUGCUCAACUUGCUACGAAAAUGGAGCCACAACAACGAGACACACGUCGGACCAUCCCAUGCAAUGUAUUUUGACUAGAGCUGACUUUGAACUGUAUUAUGGUGGUGAGAACUUCACAGCUGAUCAGCCACAGGCUUUUACUUGUCCAUACUGCAGUAAAAUAGGUUUUACAGAAGCWCUUUUACAAGAACAUGUGACGUCAGAUCACACAGAUGCUUCGACGGAAGUGGUUUGUCCAGUAUGUGCGGCACUUCCUGGUGGUGAUCCAAAUCAUGUAACUGAUGAUUUUGCUGCUCAUUUAACCUUAGAACAUCGAGCACCCAGGGAUAUAGAUGAAUCCGGUAGYGGUAGGCAGGUUAGAAGGAUGUUCCAUCCAGGUCGUGGGGUGGGGGGUCCAAGACCUCCAAGACCAAGAACAGGAGCCAUGAACUACAGUAGUUCCAACAGUGGUUCUAUCGGACCCUCUUCAUCAUCAGUAUCAUCUGCGUCAAGUUUUAGAGAAAGCAUGGAUCCUAUAGCAGAGCUGUUGUCUCAGUUAUCAGGUGUAAGGCGAGCAGCACAACAAGCACAACCUCCAGUACAGUCUCAGUUGCAGCUAYUACAACAACAGCUUCARCUYGAAMGACAACAGGUUCAACAGACAAGAGAAAGAUUAGAGAGAUUACCUCAACGUAGGCAAGCAGCAGCUAACAGCAACCAGACACCUAGCACCCCAGCAAAYCAAGAGAARAGUAAUUCUUCAAAUUCACAAUUUUUGUUAUCAAGAGCAAAUGAGCCAGCGCUGUCAGACAGUGAUCAAGAAGAACUAGAAGUAGAAAGAGCAGAUCGUUCUUUGUUUGUUCAAGAUUUAAUAGUUUCAAGUCUUGGUUCUAUAUCAAUAAGGGGAGRAGACCCCAGUCAUAAACGUCAGGAAAUAAUAAAGGAAUUUUGUUCACUCCAAGAAAGCCAAGAAGGUGCGUUUGGAGGCGGGGAGACUCUGCACAGCAGUGUACCUGAGAGUACAUCAAUAUUAGAAACAAAUGAGGACAUUCAAGUAAUAUCUUUAGAAACAGAAGAUGAUAAAGAUUCCUAACAGAARAUUUGAGUCACUUAACAGACAAACACUCGUUGUCAUGUACUAUUAACAAGAACUUGAAACCUUUUUAUGUAGAAUUAUUGAAUGCUUGUAAAGAUACAAGAACCAUGUUGAACAGAAUGCAACCAUUUUGCUAAACUUUGUGUAGUUUCUGUUGUUGAUAAUGACGGCAUGAUUACCAAAGAGGUAGUUGUUAGAAUGUCUUGUAAUAUUAUUGUAAAUGAGAUGAGAAGGUAAAGAAAACCUUAUAUCAGUCAAAUAUAUGGUAUUAUGUACAGAGACAAGUAAAGAAUAUGUGCCGGUGUUAAAGUGAAAUUAUUAAACCAGUGAAAAAUAGUUUAAUAGUCAAAACAAAAGACCAACAAAACAUGCAAUUAACUAGUAUUGUGUAGAGUGAUUUUYGCCAAACUGUAAAACAAAAAGUAGCUUCUAGAUUCACGACUUUCCAUACCCAGGUUCAGUGACCACAAACAAAGCAUUGAAACGAGGUGUCAAGGAACACUGCGCACAGAUCUUUUCUUUUAUGUUCACUGUACCUUGACGCCUCGUUUCAUGCUUUGUGUGCAGUCACUGAAUUUGAGUAUGGAAAGUCGUGAAUGUGAUUGAUAGAGUGCAUUUUACAUCUGAAAUCUAAUUAGUUUAAAUGAGUUUAUAGGAACCACUCUACCAUUUAUUAGCUAUCUUAGUGUGUAAUUCACUACAUCUACGGUAUUUCACUGGUUUUUAAGUUGUAUAAGUUUUAGUCCUCACAAGUAUUCACUAAAUCAAGUUCAUUCA